CAGCUAUCCCAUCCACUAACCGCGCCUGGAACUUUUGCGCGCGCGACGGCAGACAUGGUUAACCAUCGCAUCGGAUGCAAUCGACUUCGAUACAUUACCUACCGAGAUCAUAGUCGUUCAUCACACACGCUUUUGCAUACACCAUUGGUCUCGACAUCUGAAGCGCUGAUAACAAAAUUGAGUGCUCGAUAACUCAUUAAUCACAUCCAUAAUGGCGAACUUCCUAGCCUCCAUCUUCGGUACCGAGCAGGACAAGGUCAACUGCAGUUUUUACUUCAAGAUUGGCGCAUGCCGCCACGGCGACCGCUGCAGCAGGAAACACGUCAAGCCGACCUACAGCCAGACAAUCUUGAUGCCGAACAUGUACCAGAAUCCCGCAUACGACCCCAAGAACAACAUGAAUGCCUCGCAGCUGCAAAACCACUUUGACGCCUUCUAUGAGGACCUGUGGUGUGAGCUAUGCAAAUACGGCGAGCUCGAGGAGCUUGUAGUAUGCGACAACAACAAUGACCACCUCAUCGGUAACGUCUAUGCCCGCUUCAAAUACGAAGACUCGGCCCAAAAGGCAUGCGACGAGCUCAACAGCAGAUGGUACGCCGCGAGACCUAUAUAUUGCGAGCUCUCACCUGUGACCGACUUCCGAGAAGCAUGUUGUCGACUAAACAGUGGCGAGGGCUGCACGCGAGGCGGCUUCUGCAAUUUUAUACACCGCAAAAAUCCCAGUGAGGAACUCGACCGCGAGCUGGUACUCGCAACAAAGAAGUGGCUGAAGAUGAGAGGUCGCGACGAGCGCAGCGUCAGCCGCUCCCCUACACCUGAGCCUUCAAGGAGGCGGUUCUAAUCUUUUUCAAGCUCUGAGAGGUUGCGGGAGUUUAUUUGUACUUGUGGUUAUUUUGACUGUAAAAUGGGAACUGCAGCAUUCGCAUUGUUGUUGCUGUCUUGACCUGUCACGUUUGGCGUUGUGGUUGGGACUGAACCAUGUUUGGGUUUAAUCUAUCGACGUUUUGAUGCCCGAAGACUUCCAAGAUUCCACUUCCAAAGAUGAUGCAACCGACACUCCCUAGCAGAGAUUCUUAAUGCGGGUGGUAAUCGAAAUGUGUGCUGCGCUGCGUCAAGAUCAUCGGUAAGGGUAGAGCUGUUGGGAUGCGACACCAUUGAUUAUGGCCAUCGUCACGUAUUGACAAAUCUGGCAGAAAUUUCAGGCCAAAGGGCAAAAGCUAGCAGUCAUACACAAAGGAGGCCGAUUCUGUCCCAAUCUUCUCCACCAAAGUCCAUUGUGUUAUGAUGUUGAGGGGGAGUACGGUUCAAGCCAAAUGCCUUAAAUAUCACUCGCGUGCGUCAUGGAACUCGUCGGCCGAUUCUUCGGUGUCUG